AAGAUGGCGGCCGGACUGGCGCUCGGACAAGAAAGAUAGUUGAGAAACUGGUUAAAAAUCUAUUUUUCACGCAGCAGACAAAAUAUAUUUCCUUUUGUUGAGAGGAUUGAGAAUCUAAGAGGACUCUGAACAUAAGAACGGAUCAAUGGCGCUGGAUACGGGGCGAGUUGUGAUCGACCAGGCAGCAGCUCGAUGAAUAUGGCGUGUAUUGGGGACGCAGACCCUUUCACCGCUGCGAUACCUGCCACCAAAGUUGAACUCACGGUUUCUUGUAGAAACCUGCUGGACAGAGACACGUUCUCCAAGUCUGAUCCAAUUUGUGUGCUGUACACUCAAGGAAUAGCCAACAGGGAAUGGAGAGAGUUUGGACGGACAGAAGUCAUAGACAACACCCUCAACCCUGACUUCGUCCGCAAAUUCAUCCUGGACUAUUUCUUUGAGGAGAGGCAGAAUCUACGCUUUGACCUGUAUGAUUUGGACUGCAAGAGCGACAACCUCUCUAAACACGACUUCCUGGGCCAGGCGUUCUGUACACUGGGCGAGAUCGUUGGGUCCCUGGGAAGCCGCCUGGAAAAACCUUUGAUUGGUAUCCCGGGGAAGAAAUGUGGCACCAUCAUAGUGAGAGCUGAAGAGCUGAGCAACUGCAGGGAGUCGGUGAUGCUUCAGUUUUGUGGGAACAAGCUGGAUAAGAAGGACUUCUUCGGAAAAUCGGAUCCUUUUCUCGUCUUCUACCGCAGCAACGAAGACGGAUCGUAUACCAUCUGCCACAAAACAGAGGUGGUGAAGAACACUCUGGACCCGGUGUGGCAGGCUUUUAAGAUUCCCGUCAGGGCGCUGUGUAAUGGAGAUUACGACAGGAGCAUUAAGGUGGAGGUGUACGACUGGGACCGAGAUGGAGGCCACGACUUUAUCGGCGACUUCAGCACCAGCUACAGAGAAAUGUGCAGGAGCCAGUCACAGUUCCACAUCUAUGAGGUGCUAAAUCCAAAGAAAAAAGGAAAGAAGAAGAAAAAGUACCAAAACUCAGGAACGGUCACUCUGCUGUCCUGCCUGGUGGACACUGAGCUCUCCUUCCUGGACUACAUCCGAGGCGGGACUCAGAUUAAUUUCACAGUGGCAAUUGAUUUCACGGCAUCAAAUGGCAACCCGUCCCAGCCCACCUCGCUCCAUUACAUGAGCCCAUACCAGCUCAACGACUACGCCAUGGCGCUGCGGGCCGUUGGAGAGAUCAUCCAGGACUACGACAGUGACAAGAUGUUUCCUGCACUGGGCUUUGGUGCCAAGCUUCCACCAGACGGACGGGUCUCGCACGAGUUCGCCCUGAAUGGAAAUCCACAGAACCCGUACUGCAAUGGCAUUGAGGGGGUGAUGGAGGCCUAUUACCAGAGCCUCAAAUCUGUGCGUCUCUACGGACCCACCCACUUCUCCCCUGUUAUUAACCAUGUGGCCAGGUAUGCUUCAGCGGUGACGGACGGCUCCCAGUACUUCAUCCUGCUCAUCAUCUCUGACGGCGUCAUCACAGACAUGGCGCAGACCAAGGAGUCCAUCGUCAAUGCUGCAUCUUUGCCCAUGUCGAUUAUAAUAGUUGGGGUUGGCCCAGCAGAGUUUGACGAGAUGAUCGAGCUGGACGGGGACGAGGAGAGGAUCUCGUCCCAAGGACGAUACGCUGAGAGGGACAUUGUUCAGUUCGUUCCUUUCAGAGACUACAUCGACCGGCGUGGAAACCACAUCCUGAGCAUGGCUCGCCUGGCGAAGGAAGUACUGGCAGAGAUCCCGGACCAGUUCCUGUCCUACAUGAGGACCCGAGGGAUCAAACCAGGCCCCCUGCCGCCUCCUUACACCACCUGUCCUCCGCCGGCCAUCCACCCGCUCCUCUGCAGACGGGUAAGCCGAAUCUAAAGGCCGAGGCCUCGCUCCAACGCCGGCCAGCCAACUCUACUGGUCUCUCCUCUCCUCUCUCUGCUUCUUCUUCUUCCUACUCUUCACUGGAAGCUUCUGAGCACACGGCAACAUCGGCCGCUCUCUCAUGUUGCACUUUCGGAAACGUUUGGCCGCGAGCCGUGGGUGUGAUGCGGAAAACCCCCGAGUGGGACGCUUUCACUUUUCCGAAGAAGGGACUUUUCCUGUAGUGGAUGAAGGAGGGGGUAUGAAGGGUCAUGGUGGGGGUAUGACAUCACUACCCUCCACCAGGAAGUGUGAGCGGGACAGAAAUGGACCACAGGAAGCUGUCAGACUGAAACUGGUCCAAACUGGGAACACUGUUCAUCUGCUCUUUCUAUUUCAACUUCCUCUUUCUCUCACAAUAUCUCAAUAUAUAAAUGUUUACAAGUUUGAGGACGAAGGUGGAGACGUUUUUUCAGGAGGACAUUUUUACCACUUAAUGUGAAAACCUUUCAGAUUCCUAUUUUUCGGCUGCAGAAACUGGAGGUUGUGACUUUGUACAAAAACGUUUUCGGCCCUGGCGCCGUGGUCUUCAUUACAGAGUGUGUAUGUUUUUUUUUUAAUAAAUGGAGCAUGUGCUAGUUUAAGAGAAGCAUGCACUGUUGUCCUGCACUCAGGGCUUUGUCCCUCCCACACAGCCCCCCCUCCCACCACCACCACCACUGCCAUAUUUCAUUAAGAACAAACCCAUCAUCACCCACCUGAAAUCUUCCCACGCUCCGACCUUCUGCUCCGUCCACCUGCCUUGACUCAAAAGGAGUCUGGUCCAAUCAAAUGCAGCAGGGACUUGAACCAGCCUUACUCUUACAUUCACAGGCACCGUGUCCACCAUGGGUUCUGGAAAUGUGGAUCUCCAAGCCCAGAAGUCAAAAACACACAUCUCACUACCGAACCUGACUGUGUGUUAACGUUUUAGAGUCUCUUUAUUUUCAUGGAACAUUCAGAUGCAUUUUUCUGUUCAGUUUGACGUCUCUCUACCUCUCACUUUGUUUAAUAUUGCCAAAAAAAAACCUGUUUGGUGUGUCGGUCUGUAGAGUUCACACUUUCACCUUCUCACAUAGGAUUCAUAGAAUAUUUGCCAAACUGUAGGUUGAGAAUCGAAGCACUUUGGUAGCUAUCAGAUCAGGUGACUCACACCUUAGUGUUAGAAACACACUGUGAAUACGUGCACAGAAAAACAAACCAAAAUGCAAAGAUGCUUUUUGUUUUUAUUAGCAGCUCCCUAUCCUGAUCAGAGGAGUGACUGUGAGCUCAGAUUUCAGUUCCAUGUUUUCCAACUAUAUUGUCACUAAAAGUAAUAAUCAGUCUGGUAGCAGGUCGCUAAUCGCCUCCUUAAAGGAACAGUCGACAGAAACAUUAAUGAUAUCAGUACCAAACUCACCUCCUGAAGGCUUGAAGGUGGCUCUGAAGGCAGCAGCUGUUCUCACAUCGGAAUUACGACACUUAAAAUGGAUUCCACAGACGCUCACUCACCAUUUUAUAAUCAAUUCAAUUAGAUCUCUAAGUGUGAUAGUCACCGACAGCUUUUUCUUCCAGAUGGAGAAACAACUGAGCUCCUCAGAGUUUUAUUAGUGGGACUGAGAAUGUGUUAUUUUCCUAAAAAAUAUGACAACAGAAAAAUUACCUCCAAAUUGACAAUGUACAUGUAUGAAACUGACACAGCUGUACAGGUUGUGAUAAAACGACUUUCAACGAAUUUCUAAAACCCCGAAAACCUUUUUAUUUUCUCAGUCAGCGUCUUCCCGUGGGCAGUGAGGUCAGAGACACUUCACAGGAGAGAUUUCUGUGUAUUUUGCUUUUGUCUGUGCUAUCUUUGCUGGUUUGAGGUGGGCGGGGCUUAGCUUGGAUAAUGUAACGUCACAUGCUUCCAAGCACCAACCACAGUUUAACAAUGUUUGAAUCAAAUGCAGUGACAGUACUGUGGUUGCUUGUUUCGUCGGCUCUGUCAGUUAGAUCUGAUCAAACACUCAGUCCUGUUGAGGCAGAUUAACUGAAAACUAAAUGACCAUGUCAUUUGAUCGUCAGGUUAACGAGAUCACAGUUUCAUGGUGAAAGUCAGUAUUUAGAGAAGUGUGUAGCUGCAGAGCUGCAGGCCUGGACUCACCUCCUGCAUCAGGCUCUUUCACAUCCCAAGCUUGAAGAAGGAAGUCUGAAAUUGUGUGAGCUCACUGGAGAUGAUCAGAAAGAUAAGAUAGCAUGUGUUCUUUAGUUUGAAUAAACCACACCCCCUCAACCACUAACACCAAGGAAACAACAAUAUUAUGUAUAAAUGUAGAACGUUAGCUCAUGAAACAUUAAGCAGCAAAAUAGUUGUAUGAAGUGCUAACCUUAGCUAGCUAUGCUUAGGUUGCUAAGGUGUUUACUAAGUAGCAUAUGUAGCUAAUAUUAGUACAACUUGCUGCUUAAUGUCCCAUGACCUCACUUUAUACGUUACAGAUAUAUUGGUAUAUUAGUUUGUAUUGGUGUUACUGGUUGAGGAGGUGUGGCUUAUUCAGACUGAUGAUAAUUAUCUUUUAAACACGCAAUACGUUUAUUCAUUAGUGAUAAGCACAACACAUAUGUUUAGUGUCACAGUGGCAUUUGUGUAAUAUUGUAAACAAACUAACUGCGCUAACGACAGAAGAAUGACUGAUUUCAAUCUACGACUUUGGCCUAAUAUGUUUUUUGGUUGCAAUAACUUACUAUGAACAUUUUUAUUUUUAAUUAAUUUAACUUUUAUUAUGAUUAUUUGUAUGCCUCUGCCCUGGCACUAUGUUUUUGGGUUGUCCAUACAUCCCAACCUUGUGAACUCUAUUUCUCAAAAAUUGCUCGAGGGAAUUUUUUUUAAAUUUGGCACAAACGUCCACUUCGAUUGAAGAAUAAACUGAUAAGAUUUUUAUGGUCAAAGGUCACUGUGACCUCACAAAAUAUGUUUUGGCCCUAACCGAAGACUUCAUAUGCUAUUUAUGACAAAACUGAAAGGGAGACAUUUUAUAUCCAAAAGGUCAAAGGUCAGCUUGACUGUGACAUCGUCAUGUUUUAACAUCAUAUCUCAGGAACAGAAGGGGAGACAUUUGGUCAGAUACUGAAUUGGUGACUCUAAUCUUGAAACUGUGCUGAUUGUAUAGAUCUUCUGUGUGUGAAGCAUCCAUGUUUUCACUGACAUGGAUGGAGACUGUCAGAGACACUGGACUGGUGGGCAGAGUCACACAACCACGGGGUGGGCUGGUGGGCGGAGUCAUACAACCACGGGGGUGGUGGUUCUAGUUUUGUCUUGACACUGGGUCUCCAUUAGAAUCUACUGUAACUGUUGUGAAUCCAAACUAACCACAGCUGCUGUCCUCUUUAAGUGAGUCAGCUACUUUACCUUCUCAAGCCUCCAGGUUGUGAGUAUGUGACAUUCAUGACCUCGUUGUUUUAGAUUUUUCCCCUAACGAAUAUGAAAACACUCAAACCCUAAACAGGUAUUUGCACUGUCACUUUUAGGAAAGUUUCAGGGUGAAACUCAGAUGCAACUUUUUGCUGUUUUGCCCAUUAACGUGUACAUGAAAACUUUACAGUGUGACUUUAAACGAAGCACAAAACAUUUGCUUUUAGAGAAGCUCCAGCCGCCGUAUCUCCUCAUAACUCCUGUAAAUGUGUGAAGAACAGCGUUUCUACAUCCGACUCUGUGUUUUACAAACUAUAGAUCCUAUCAGAACUUUUUAGGGCCCUAUUCAGUCAAGGAAUCAAUGUAAGAGACGGUUUACAACAUUUUUCUAAACGUACGCCUCAAAUCAUCUUGGCUGUUGACGCUUCAUUAAAACUUAUUAACUGCUUGUAAAACAUUUUCUUAGACAUUUAUACACUGUACAAAUUUUGCCUUUUUUUGUGUAUUGGUGGAUAUAAACUUUAUGUAAUGCUGCUUCUCUACUGCUGAUAUACGUAUUACAUUUUAUACUGAGGCCUGUAAUCAUAUUUAAAUCAUGACUAACAGGCCUUAUUCAUGUUUAUACAUAAGUUAUUCAUAUUUAAAUCAUGAACGACAGGCCUGUAUUUUUUUAUAUAAGCAAAUGGUUGGAUAAUAAUGUCUGUUUCAUGUGUGCCAGAUGUUUAAAGUAGACCUGAUGAACAAGUACACACUCUGUAGCAACAGUUUUCUGCCAAAUUCAGAAUCUCUUGUUAAGUGUAGCGUCUCAUCGUUGGCUGAGACUCAUUCCAGUAAAGCUGGUUAUUCAGUUUGACUGAAUAGGGUCCCUCAGCGUGGGGCCGGGGGGGUCUGGUAGGUUUUGUACUCUUCUGUAUAGUUGUUUCAUGGCGGGGCCCCCGCACGACAGCGGGGAUGUUGAAUUGCACAAUGUAGCACUGGUGUCUGGUACCGGACUGGAGCAACACCAGACUGAACCAGAUCCACCCAGAUCAGGCUGGAACAGUCUUUUUAUAUGUACAUAUAUAUAUCUCUAUAUCCUGUAUAUACUGUACGUAUGAUUUGUGGAGAGUUGACUUGCAGCGAACUGCCAGGACUCUGUGACUCUCCUCCUGAAACACAAGGCAGGGCCUUUCAUUUAUUCAUCACGACACGAUGUCAGCGUCAUCUCACAGCCACGCUCUCGUAUACACUGUACAUCCAGGACAUGUAUUUGUAUAUGAAACAUGCAUGACACUUACAUAACGAGGCUGGGGAUGAGUGAAGAUGAAGAGUUUCACGCUUGUUGUCUCAGAGAAACAGUCAUUUCAGUGUCGUGAUGUUUGAUCUCAGUAUUAACACUGUUAAAAGCAGAGUUUCUCAACCUUCUGUCCGGGAACACACAUCACAGGAUAUCAAGCUCAGUGGGGUGUAAGAUAUUCUGUUCAAAAACUUGGACUCAAUAUGAAAUGUGUGAAAACUAAAAAGCAAUUGGUUCACAAAAAUUUUAAUUCCUGUCCAUCCAUCCAUCCAUCCAUCCAUUUUUAUCCUCUUAUCCGGGGCCCAGCCUGAGCAAAGUACCCCAGACCUUCCCGUAACUAGUGACACUUUCCAUUUACAGAGCUUCCUAGCACUAAGAGUUGCUCCUCAUGACAACAAUCUAAGAAAAUUCUUACAAUUGUUACAUUUUUUCAGAGCUCUCUGAGAGAGGUCUCAUAAUGUUUGUGAAUGUUGUCGCUGAUCAGAUGUUGAACUACCUGAACUGACCCCUAAGGUUGCAGUAGUAUGAGAUUUUAAUGGUAUAACCAUCUCAGAAAAUAUCGCAGUUUCACUGUAUCGCAGUGCUACAAAAUUCUAAUUAUUAUCGGUCAGAAUGAUCCUUAAAUGAAUUAAGACAGAAGGGGUAUUUUAGGUUAAACAAACAUUUUAUCACUAAAAUUGAAACUUGAAACCAUUUUGUUAAUGGAAGUUUCUGUAAAAAGUUGAAAAUAACACAAAGGGGAGAUUUGCACUGCAAUUAAAUUUUUUUUUUCAGUAUUAAAGAUAAGCAAAUGUACGCGGUAUGGUCACUGUCAAUUUUAGAAUCAAGGUAUUCCUCAAAACCAGUAUAUCACUGCAACCCUACUGGCUUCAGUCAACACGAAGGAGCAGCAGCUCUACUCCGAGGGAAACACUGGAGGGUGAAUGUCCCCAAAUUGUGACCUGUGACCUCAAAAACUAAUGUUGUUGGUUGAAUGAUGAGUGACCUCUUUUAGUAUUAAGCUGAUGAUUUCAGCUCAGAUAAAAAACAUUUACACAUUUCUUACACUUUUUUAUGUUUUUGUAAAUGACAGAAACCAAAUUCAGCCCUCGUAUCUCUCUUUCUGCAGCCGCUCACUUUAACAUGGAGAGAAAUCUGAAGCCUGACGGGUCCAACAUACCUGUGGAUGCUACGCUAUGAUUGGACAGUUGCUGUACAGGGGAGGGGUUUAACAAACUGUCAAUUUAUUUAACAGAACAUUUGAAACAUUAAAAACAGAUCAGCCCUGUGAGAGGUUGAGAAACUCUGUCCAGAUGGCUACAAAGCCACAGAACACAGCUCCAUGUCUGCCAUAUUAUUCUGUGAUGUGCAGUAUAGAUAUGACAGCAUGGAGAUCUUUUCUCUGGCAAGCGUGGAUUUGCCUUGAGGAUGAGGACGAAAACGUGAACGCUGUUUGCACAGGAUCUCAGUGGAAGUCUUAACAUAUACGGCUGGGUUUGUCACGUGUGGCUGCAACGUGUGAAGUCACUGUUCCUCUGAGGCUGCGUCAGUGUAGGAGUGACAAUCAAAAGCAUUGUGUAGGAGACUACAAGGCGAAUAAACAAACAAAUAAAUAAAAACAGGCCUGUGCUUCUGAUGGACAAACAAGCUUUAAUGAAGUCGGCUCAUACACCUCGCUGCCUCCCAUCGCUCAUCGUUCAUCCAUGUCACUCUGCCAAGGCGGUAUCGUGUCAGCAUGCCAGGCCAUAUGAACGCCCACGUAAUCUUCACACAUACAACAUGAACGCUGUUUACUGUACCUUAUAAUAUUAAUAGGUGGUUUAACUGAAUGCUCGUGAUGAAUAUCCUGUUUUAUUCUGAUGUUUUUUUAAUAGCAUGCAUUAAGUUUGCAUGUGUAGAUUUUUUUCUAACAGUGAUGCAUCGAUGCGUUAAAAAAAUAAUUGUAAUAUGACAUCUUUACAUGUUAUUCUGGAGUAUUUUAGAAACUUUUUUGCCUUAAAAAUCUCACUGAUCAAUCUUGGAAUUGUGCAAUGCCUUCAGAUGUUUCUUUUGGAGACUGUUGUUUUUCUGUUUUGGUUCGCUUGUGCACAGCCACUCAUCAGACAUCAUCUCACAGCAUUGUUCUCUCAGCUCUCAGUGGUUGAAAUGAUGUGAAUAAGAGGGAGAAUGAUUCCAACGGAGGGAAGGAAAGAAAAAACUGGGCUGUCUCGCUCUCAGCAAAGAGACAGAAUCAUUCAGCUGAGAAUAAUGCGGCCCAGCCUCCUAACAGCCAUCUUUACUACAGAAUGGUGUUUUAUUAUGCCACGAUUCAUCCACCCAAAAUUCAUCAGCUCUUAUUUUUCAUCAGCCCUCAGAGGAGUGAUUCAUGGCUUCUGCAUGAUGCUUGUGAUUACACUAAUCAAAAUGAUUUGUCCAUUGAAACAUAAUAAUGUAUUUAAGAUCAGUUACUGAGGUUAGUGAUGUGUUAACAGACAGCACAGGUUUUACUCUUCUUAUAGGAAAUAUGG